AUGCGCAAUCUAUGGAAUACCUCGCAUAGCAAAUCCUUCCUCUCAAAUCUCAACAUGGGUCUUGCGACGAACUUUCCCCUGAAGAAUCUAAAUCUUCAUUCGAGGAAAAAUGUAUCUGUUGCGCAUGCAGAUGAAGGAGUUGAGGCUGGGGCUGAGUUUGGGAGAGAUGAGUACCAUGAUUAUAUUCUUCAUGGCGAUCAUACAAACUACUUCAAUCACUCAAACCAGAUGAAUGAUAUCUCAGCCGCAAUCCCAAUGCCCAAAUUAUCCAGUCCCAAUGGCAAACCAGCGAAGCCCUUGCCUUGUCGUGCUGCGGGCGAUUUGGAUACGAAUCCGCUCUCGGGACCAUCAGCACAGCAUGCGGAAUAUCUUAUUUCGAGGGUAGAGGGGCGAUUUAUGGGCCCGGAUACACCGCCGAUGGAAUCGCCUUUUGGGGAGGUAUUGGGUGGGGAGUUGUUGUUUGGGAUUGGGAGGGGAAGUGGGAGAUAUGGUGGUGAGCGGAUGAAGGGGACUUAUGAGGAUGAGAAUGAGGGGAUUGGAGAUAUGAGAGGUACAGGGGAUAGAAAUCAGAGAGGUGUCAAGAGCAGAAGUGGAAGAGGAAGAGGGAAGAUGGUUCCGAAGAAGCAAAAUCAGAAGACCUGGAAAUCUAUACAUCAAUCUUGUAAGGAGAUGCUGGAUAGUAUGCAUCUUUCGAAAUGCGAUGGGGAGGUUACUAAAAUUACAGGACAGGAGAAUGGCAAUAGAUUUGUCGGAGCAGAAAGUUAUAUGGGUAUAUUUAAUGAUGAAGAUGACGAUGAGGGGGAUGAGACCGAGCACGAUAAUAUGGAGAAAUACGAUGAAUCCGAUGUAUUCACCGACAAACACUCCGGUCCCGGCUCCGCUAAAUAUUGGGAAAAUGAUCAACAUCGUCAUAGGUUGAUUCAUACCGAGUCUCAGGAUUCGAUGGUGGAGAUUUAUACUUCUUCGCCUAUUUAUACUUCUCCUUCCUCGUCGUCUUCUUUUUCCCAUUUUGCAUCCAGGAGAAAACAGGGUCAGAAGAAGGCGCAAAUGCAAAUGCAACAUCAACUCGGCAAACAACAACCACAGAAAAAAUCAUCAACUGAGAUUACUCCCGUGUUCUCAUCGAAUUCUGCUCUGAAGAAUAGUAGCAAAAUCGCAGCAAAUUCCAAUUCAGACAACCAACAAGAAUCUUCCGACGAAACUACAAAACUCGAAACCCAAAACCAAGCGAAUCUAGAAAGAGAUGUCGAAGAAAUACUCGAUGAAUUCAUUCUCACACCCAGAAAACCACUCCAAGAAAGUGAUUUCGCCUAUAUGCACAUGCGACCCAAGCCUAAGACGAAUCCCGCUACUACUCCUGAAAACCCACUCAUCACGAUGCCCGAAAAUCGCAAUGAAAAUGGGAAUACAUACCGAUACCGCUAUCCCACCAACAACGACGACGAUAAUGAAGACGCUCGAUCCUCGCUGGACAUGGAAGAUUCCCUCUACGGACGAUGCGAGAAACCCACGCCCAAAUUCAAAUUGCGAAUGGCGCGUGCGGACGCGGAAUAUCCGGAUUUUGCAACGAUGAUGGAUAGGGAUCGAGAUAUGAAUACGGAUACACAUGCAUCUACUCCUACUUCACAAACACAAAUACAAACAGCAGCCUCCUGGUCUUCAAAACACGAGUUUGAUGCCGAUGCGGCACUAGAGGCUUCUCUGUCUUCGUUGUCUCGUCUUCAGUAUGAGUAUCAACUUCAGUGUUUGUCUGGAUCGCAAGGCUCGAUUGUGAGUUAA